AAAUUAACAAUUUCAGUUCAAAUAUAAAGUUUAAAGUAACAAUUCGUAUUGGUAAAAAUUUUAUCUGUACAUUUGACACACUUCUUUAUCGUGUUCCUUUCUUCUGUUAAGUAGUUAAUGGUAGCCACCCUUGACGAAUGCCAUCAUCGAAGUAAAUCUGCUCAAAAGUUUCAAGUCAUUCGUUAAUUCGUAUGUUCGAUUGAGAUUUAAUUGUCUGGGAUCUUUGUAAAACAAUGGAUGAAAUGAGUGUUAUUCUCCCGGACAAGGAUAUUGGAGAAAUGGAUUGUAAGCCUGUAACUGGACACUAUACUGGUGCCGGGGAUGAAUUGGAUGUCGAAGAUUUGUACACCAAGUAUAAGAAACUGCAGAGAAUGUUGGAGUUUCUUGAGGUUCAAGAAGAAUAUAUCAAAGAUGAACAGCGUAACUUGAAGAAGGAAUAUUUGCAUGCUCAAGAAGAAGUAAAGCGCAUACAGAGCGUGCCUUUAGUUAUCGGGCAGUUCUUAGAAGCUGUAGACCAAAAUACUGGUAUAAUAGGCUCUACCACAGGCUCUAAUUAUUAUGUACGUAUUCUGUCUACGAUCGAUAGAGAAUUGUUGAAGCCUUCUGCUAGCGUGGCGCUUCAUAAGCAUAGCAAUGCUCUGGUAGAUGUUCUGCCACCGGAAGCUGAUUCGAGCAUCUCUAUGUUACAAGCAGACGAAAAGCCGGAUAUCCAGUAUAGCGAUAUUGGAGGUAUGGAUAUGCAGAAGCAAGAGAUCAGAGAAGCAGUAGAGCUGCCUCUUACUCAUUUCGAGUUGUAUAAACAGAUUGGAAUUGACCCACCUAGGGGUGUAUUAAUGUAUGGUCCACCUGGGUGUGGUAAGACUAUGCUUGCAAAGGCAGUAGCUAGACACACUACAGCUGCAUUCAUUCGCGUAGUAGGCUCUGAAUUUGUACAGAAAUACUUGGGCGAAGGGCCAAGAAUGGUCAGAGAUGUUUUCCGUUUAGCUAAGGAAAACUCGCCUGCUAUUAUUUUUGUUGAUGAAAUUGAUGCUAUUGCUACAAAGAGAUUUGAUGCUCAAACAGGAGCUGAUCGCGAAGUGCAGCGUAUUUUGUUGGAGUUGCUCAAUCAAAUGGACGGAUUUGAUCAGACAACUAACGUUAAAGUUAUAAUGGCUACAAAUAGAGCGGAUACAUUGGACCCUGCCUUGUUGCGUCCUGGUAGAUUAGAUCGAAAGAUCGAAUUUCCUUUGCCCGAUCGCCGACAGAAACGUCUGAUCUUUUCAACGAUCACUGCGAAAAUGAAUUUAAGCGAGGAGGUGGACCUCGAAGAUUACGUGGCACGACCAGAUAGAAUCUCUGGCGCUGAUAUAAACGCGAUUUGCCAGGAAGCAGGAAUGCACGCGGUUCGUGAGAAUCGUUACAUAGUGUUGGCGAAAGAUUUCGAGAAGGGUUACAAAAACAACAUUAAAAAGGACGAAUACGAGCACGAGUUCUACAAAUAAAACGGUGGAAGUAUAUUCGUAUAUAUCAUUUAUAUUUUAUGGCUCCAUAUGUAUUUGCAAGUUAAUGUAUUACUAUGAAUCGAAUAAUCAAUACACGUUUACACAAUUUUUGUGUGUGCAUCUUUGCGCGUA